AUGAAUGAAAUAGACAGCAUUGAAGAACAGAUAGAGAUGUCCUUUAUGGACGAACAUUUUGAUAUAGGAGAGGAGAUACAGCCUCUGGAUGGCUCCUUUGUUGAAGUUUCAACAGCUGAUGAGUACCCUCAUAAAUAUACGGUUUGCGGAAAGGAGUAUAAGCAUAGCCAGUCUCUCUUCAGACACAAAAUGUCACACAACACACAGCAGACAUCACUGAGGUGUGAGGAAUGUAGGAAAACAUAUUCGUCCAAGCAGUCGUUGAAGGUUCACAAGGCAAUGAAGCACAAGGUAGACGUUGAAACUAGUGGAAAAAAGUGUCCUUAUCCGGAAUGCAAUAAAAACUUCCAGUCAAAAAGUAAGCUACAAGACCAUGUAAAUACUCACCUGAAAAUAAGACCACAUAAAUGUUCCAAAUGUGAGAAGACAUUUGCGAUUAGAUACGAAAGGAAGCGUCAUGAGAAAGUAUGGGGCACCUCAGAAUCAAGUGUAGUAGAGUGUAUAGUGUGUAAUGAGUCAUUCUCAUCCAGAUCUAACCUAGCCAUUCACAACGCAACUCACAAAGACAUCAGGUUUUCCUGCAGCAAGUGUGACAAGGAUUUCAAGUAUAUCACAGGACUAUAUAGGCAUUAA